AAAACAGGGACAAAGGAAUCAGAAUGGAAUUAAAUGUUCUAUGGAGCUGCUUGUGUGUGGUCGCUGUUUGUAGUUGGUUGUUUGGAUAUAUAUACAUCAUUGCGUGGGUAAAACCAGAGAGACUUCGAGAGAAGCUGAGGAGGCAAGGUAUCAGAGGACCUCCACCUUCUUUCCUAUUAGGGAAUGUCCCUGAGAUGAAGAAGAUCCAAUCAUCACUAGCAGCGUCAUCAUCAUCAUCCAUUAAUUCCAUUUCAAAGGAGGUUAGGGUCGUCCUUGAAGAUCAUAUGACUGCCCACGACUACACCUCUACUUUCUUCCCAUAUUUUGAGCAUUGGAGAAAACAAUACGGUCCAACAUUUAUGUACUCAACAGGCAAUGUACAACAUCUGUACAUCAGUGACCCUCAUCUUGUCAAGGAAAUAAGCCUGCAUAACUCUUGGGACCUGGGAAAGCCCACGUACCUUAUUGGGGUGAUUGGGCCUUUGGUGGGCCUGGGUGUAACACUGUCCAGUGGUCAAGCGUGGGCACAUCAGAGGAAAAUCAUUGCACCAGAAUUCUUCAUAGUCAAAGUCAAGGGAAUGGUGGGAUUAAUGGUGGAGUCGUGCUUGCCUCUGUUGAAAUCGUGGGAGGAUCAAGUCGGAGGAGGUAAGGGAGGAGUUGCAGAGAUUAGAGUUGAUGAAGAUCUGAGAAAUAUCUCAGCUGAUGUUAUCUCAAAAGCUUGUUUUGGAAGUUGCUAUUCUGAAGGAAAAGAGAUCUUUUCAUUGCUUAGGACAUUGCAGAGGAUCACCUCUCGCACAAGCUUACAUGCUAGAAUUCCUGCUUUGAGGUAUGUCCCAAGCAAGAAUAAUAGGGAGGCUUGGAAGUUAGAGCAAGAGAUUGAAAGGUUGAUUUUAAAGGUAGUGAAGGAACGGAAGGGAUCAUCAUCAAGUAGUAAUGAGACGGAUUUGCUACAAAGGAUCGUGGAAGGUGCCUAUGCUCAUCAGCUAGGGUCCGAAACUGCAAAUCGCUUUGCGGUGGAUAACUGCAAGAACAUAUAUUUUGCUGGCCAUGAGACUGUGGCCACUGUUGCCACCUGGGCUUUGAUGUUACUUUCGUUUCAUCAAGAUUGGCAGUCUCGUGUUCGCAACGAAGUAGCUGAGGUUUUUGCUGGCCAUUUUCCAGAUGCCCAUAUGCUUCUCAAGUUGAAAACGUUGACGAUGGUGAUUCAAGAGACAAUGAGGCUAUACCCACCAAGUUCAUUUGUGGCGAGAGAGGCGUUGGAAGAGAUAAACUUGGGUGGUGGUGGUGGUGGUGUUGUUGAUAUGAUCAUACCAAAGGGCGUAAACCUAUGGAUUCCCAUCCCGACUCUGCAUCGGAUUCCGGAAAUCUGGGGAACAGACGCCCACCAAUUCAAGCCGGAGAGGUUCGCAAACGGCAUUUUCGGUGCUUGCAAGCUUCCACAGGCAUACAUACCCUUUGGGCUUGGCCCUCGGACCUGCUUGGGACGGAAAUUCGCCAUGAUUGAAUUGAAAGUUCUCCUCUCCCUCAUCCUCUCUAAAUUCUCUUUCUCCCUCUCCCCCAAAUAUCUCCAUUCACCAACAUUUAGGCUUGUAGUAGAGCCCCAAUAUGGCAUGAAUCUCCUUUUCAAGAAAGCAUGAGAUCGAUCACAUACAUAUAUCUCCAUUAUU